AUGGCGUCCAUCGUGGUGAUCGGCCUGGUGCUGCUCCUCGACAUCCUCGCCUUCGUCCUCGCCAUCGGCGCCGAGCGCCGCCGGAGCACGGCGCAACUCGGCGAGGCCGAGCCUGGCGGCAGGCGGUACUGCGUGUACGACACGGACGCGUCCACCUGGUACGGCGUCAGCGCGCUCGCCCUGCUGCUGGUCGGCCAGGCCGUGGCCAUGGCCGCCAGCCGCUGCUUCUGCUGCGGCCGCGCGCUCUCCCCCGGCCGCUGGCGCUUCUUCUCCGGCCUCUUCUUCGUCCUCUGCUGGCUGACGUUCAUGAUCGCGGAGGUGUGCCUGCUGGCGGGGUCGGUGCGGAACGCGUACCACACCAAGUACGUGAGCGGCUACUACAACGAAGGGGCGCUCCCCUGCGCCAUGCUGCGCAGGGGCGUCUUCGCCGCCGGCGCCGCCUUCGCCUUCCUCACCACACUCUUCGUCAUGCUCCACUACGUCUUCUACUCCAAGGCCCGCGCCGCGCCCCCGCCCAUCAUCAACGGCGGCGGCAUCGGCAUGACCCGCAUCUGA